UAAAUCUUCCCUCCCUCCUGCCUGUCUCCAUGGUGUCGGGAACAUCCGUUUCCGUUUUUAUAUGGUUCCUUCCUGUUUUUGUGGUACUUUGAGGAAGCUGGAAGCUGCAAGAUGAUGUUGUUUGUGUUUUCCACUGUCUUGUUGUGAUGGAUGGCCCGCAGUGAUAAAGUGGGGAAGAAGAUCCAUGCGUGUUAACUACUACAGUUGUAUAUUCAUCAGUUUGUGGCUGAAUAUGGCGCAGCUGGGGGGCCAAGAAGAAAAGGAGAAAACUACAGCGCUGAAAGAUUUGCUAUCCCGCAUAGACCUGGACGAGCUGAUGAAGAAAGACGAGCCCCCUCUCAGUUUCCCCAAGACCCUGGAAGAGUUUGAGUACGCCUUCAACGACGAGGGACAGCUCAGGCACAUUACGACCGGAGAGCCGUUUGUUUUCAAUUACCGGGAGGACUUGCACCGGUGGAACCAGAAACGAUACGAGGCCCUGGGAGAGAUCAUCACGCAACAUGUUUACAAACUCCUGGAGAAAGAGUGCAACAUGACUAAAGAAAUUCUCCCAGUGGACGCGGCCGAGGACGAGCCCAAGAGCUUCAUCUACCUGAGCGAGGACGCCCUGAGCAACCCGGACAAGCUGCUGGUCCUCAUCCAGGGGAGCGGCGUGGUCCGGGCGGGGCAGUGGGCCCGGCGGCUGAUCAUCAACGAGGACAUGAACAGCGGCUCGCAGAUCCCCUUCAUCACCCGCGCCACGGAGGAGGGCUACGGCGUGAUGGUGCUGAACCCCAACGAGAACUACCUGGAGGUGGAGAAGCCGGCCAAGCCCGCCGCCCCGCCCCAGCCCUCGCCCGAGGGCCCCGACGAGCCGGCCGAGAAGAGGGAGCGGAAGGAGGAGAAGGAGACCAAGAAGAAGCGCGACUUCUACGAGAAGUACCGCAACCCCCAGAAAGAGAAGGAGACGGAGCUGAUCCCCAUUCGGGAGAACAGCUCUCCGGAGGAGCACGCCGUCUACGUGUGGGACCAUUUCGUGUCGAAAUCGGCGGCGAAGGACGUGUUCUUCGUCGCGCACAGUUACGGCGGCCUGUCCUUCGUGGAGCUGAUGAUCCAGAGGGAGGCGGAGGUGAAGAACCGGGUGUGCGCCGUGGCGAUGACCGACUCGGUCCAUAACGUCUGGCACCAGGAGGCCGGGAGGUCCAUCCUGGACUGGAUGCAGGAGCACUGCUGUAACUGGGUGUCCAGCACCCAGCCCUUGGACACACCUGUGGAGACCAUGCUGCCGGACUGCCCCCGUGUGUCAGCAGGUACGGAGCGACAUGAGCUGACCUCGUGGAGGAGUUUCCACUCCAUUUUCAAGUUCUUCGACGAGACGCUCCAAGCUCAGGACAUUGACUCCAGGUCCUCCGCUACGGUGACCAGGCGCAGCUCCAACAGAAUUAAACACGAAGAAUUUUAGAAGGAGUACAGAUGUGUGUGUGUGUAUGUGAGAGAGAGAGUGUGUGUGUGUGGGGCGGGGGGGGGUUGAACCACAUCCUUUUUCCUUUCCUUCUCCUUUCUUCAAUGUUUUUAUCCUUUUUUUUUUUUUGCUCGCGGAAAGAAAAAAGAAACCGUCUUCCCCCGUUCCCCUAAACGCAUUGUUUUAUUCUCAGAGCACCGGGUCCUGGUGUAUACAUCUAAAUAGUGUUUUGCAUUAUUUCCGGAUGACUGCAACUGUCAAAGCAAUAUGGGUUCACCGUUCGUGCUUCCUGCGGUCUGUAGCCUGGAUUUGGUGCUGCCCGUCGGUGCCGAGAUUAAGGAUGACAGCAGCUCAGCGCCGCGCGCCGUAGCGCACCUCUAAUUGCCCUGACAUCGCCCUGAACUGAGCUAAUGCUUCGACUGCACCGGCUCCCCCAGGUCCUAAUGCUUGAAGUCCAUUUCUCCAGCCUCCCCCCCCCCCACCACUCGGUUUUCACCUUUUUUAUUUAAAAUAAAACAUACUAAUUAUGAUGAUGAUAAAUAGGCCCAAAACAGUUUUUCGUCUACUCAUUAUAACGUAUAUGCUGAUUUUAGGUCCGAGUGAAGUGUGUUGUUUUAGUCCUGAUUCUGUCGUGUUUUUUUUUUUUUUUUUUUUUUUUGUGUGUGUGCCUGUUUUUUCUUUGCCUUUCUGUUUCCAUCCCACUUCUGGUUUUGUUAGUAUCCGUUUUCAUGUUCUGCUUGAUGUCAAGCCAUAUGUACAGUUAGUGGGCUGCCUGGUAAUAUCAGUGAGGUUUUGUCACAGUUUUUAACAGGAUUGUAAUGCACAGAUUUCCAGAUUUCAAUAUUGCAGCUAUGACUAGAUAUCCGACCCCACAAAGUUCUGACGUUAUUAAUAUUCUUUUUUAUUUUAAGAAUGUCUACAGCUUGUAUUUUAUUUUCAGUGUCCUUUUUUUUGAUGUGCUAUGAAAUUGAUUCCUGGAGAUAAGGAGGAAACAGUAAUAUAGCCAUAAAAUGUCCUAGAUUAGGAGUAGAGGAUAUACAUUGUACAGGUUUUAAAUCGCUUGAAGUCGAGCAUCUAAAUUCGUUUUUAGUAAUAUCUCAUUUUGGCAGAUAAGGCAUUUCAGCAGUCAUAACAUUCCAAUAUUUAUCCGUUUGCGUUGUCAGGAAAUCCCAAGAUUUCAAUUUUAUAUUAGAUUACUUCAAUGUUUUCACAACAUAACACGUUUUUUUUUUUUUUUUUUAAACUUACAUACUGUGUCACACUUUUAAGUAUUAGAGUGGUGGUGUACCUCUCCAUAGCCCACUCUGGGAUGUGAAAUGUGAAAUAAUCCUAGUUUUCAAAAAGCCGUCUUGAACACAUGCUAACGCCCCAGUGUCAAACCUAAAAUAUGAUUUCUGAUUAUAUUAAUGUAUUCUUCCUGUGAUAUUAGAGUAUUUUAUGCCCUGUUAAAGCCUUCCUGAGAAAGUUUUGUGUCUGACUGAAGAAUUUAACACCAAAUAAUAUUUGAAGUUAGACAUGGAACAGGUUCAAUUAACGAUUUUGCUGUGUUGGUCAUAAUUUCUUAAAAUCGCACUCCGUCUUAAAUUUACCAUCUGACUACAAAAAAUAUAUAAAUUAAAGUAAAAUAAUAGUUACAUUUUAGGCCAUUUGAGACCUCGCUUCUGCUAUUUUUAAGACGACAUCUGUACAUGAGACCUAAAAUUAAGUUUAGCUUGGAGAGUUGCUUUAGAUUUAGGACACGAUUAAUAUCAAAAGUUGCUUAUCAUUGCUCGAUGUUAGUAUAGGUUUUCUAACGGGGUUUGCAUACGAGUGAUAUAGAGAGAAUGCACAUUUUAACUUAGUUUUUCUUCGUAUUUCUAUAUUGUUGCCUUAGGACUAAACAAAAUUCAAUCGGCCUCAAUGUGUACUGGUAAAAUUGUUUUUUAGACAGCCCAACAAGCCAUACGUGAUUUAAUCUAACGUUUUUAACAGAGCAGCCUUAAACCAAAUCUUAAGCACAUUUGAUAUGUAAAUUGUACCUAAUUUUAACAAUUAUUCUUGAAAGGUUUUUUAAUCAGACGAUUAACGCAUUUUUAUUCAUGGGAUAGUUCUUCAUCACAAAGAAAUUCGAGUACUUUGUUAGCAUUUAUGGAACUGGCAAAGGAAAUAUGUUUUGUACUAGUUUCACUUAAAUUUAUGUUUUGAUAAAUCAUCAACCAUAUUAUCAUAAAAAAGGAGAAAAAAGAAAAACCCUUCCAAUCACUAAUGUUUAUUUACUUAUCUGUUGCUCGCCGCCGUGAUAAUUACCCAAGUAUGGUUAUGCAAUUGUCAUUUUCAUAAAUGUACUGAUAUUGCUGUAACUGAAUAAAAUUGUUUGUUUAAAUA